AUGAGGAAGGUGGACUUUCGACAAACAGGCCACAUCCAUGCGGUAUUUAGAGAGGUAUUUACAGGCGGAUCAAAAGGAAUUGGAAAAGAAAUUGCUUUGGCACUUGUGCAUCAAGGCUGUUCAGUUUCAAUUAUUGCUCGUAACGCUGCGGAUCUUGAUUUGGCUGUAUCCGAAAUUAAUGCAUUAGCUAAAUCAGUCGGUAGUCAAGCUACAGCGCAUGCAUACUUACUUGACGUUGUCGAUGCCUUUGAAGCUAUUGAAAAUGUUGUAAAAAAAGCUGAGGAUGAAGUUGGGCCUAUUGAUAUUUUGAUUAACAAUGCUGGUCGUUCAGUUCAAAAUGCCUUCGAUAUUUUACCGUUGCACGAAUUUGAAGCUCAAUUGAAGAUUAAUUAUCUUAGUGCUGUGCAUGUAACAAGAGCUGUAUUGCCUUCUAUGAAAAAAUUUCAACGUGGAACAAUAGUUUUUGUAUGUACAGCGGCUGCUGAAUGUCCCAUCUGGGGGUAUACUGCGUAUGCAGCAUCUAAAUGUGCUCUUCGUGGUUUUUUCGAAUCUCUUCAUAUGGAAUUACUGCCUUAUAAUAUUGGAGUUUCUAUAAUUUAUCCACCGAAUACUGAUACUGAGGGUUUUCAGGAAGAACUGAAAACGAUGCCGAAAGAAGUUAAAGAAAUAACCGGUUCUGGCGGUAUUGUGAGCCCAAAAUAUGUUGCUGAUUGUUUAUUAAAUGGUAUUGCCAAUGGCAAAACCAAUAUUUACGUCGGUUUUGAAGGAUGGUUACUUGGAUUACUGUCUGCUGGCGGCGCUCCAGAAUCUAGCUUUUUUCAAGUUGUACUUCAGGUUCUGCUUGCUGGAUUGUUACGUGGUAUAAUGCUUAUUUAUAUUGGUAAUUUUAAUCGUGUAGUACAAUGGUGUCGAGCAAAAUAA